AUGCCUCGUGCCCAGCAAAAGAGAGGCCGUCGGGCUGAGAAGAAGGCCCAGACGGACGGCGAACCCAAGCGCAAAUUCGAUGAAGCCCCCGAAGAACCCGUCGCAAAGCGCAUGAAGUCUUCCGAUGAUGCCGACGCCAACGUUACCUACGAUCAUAACGCAGACUAUGUUCCCCUCGAUAUGGAAAUCCAACCGUUUGAACAACAAGAGGAGGGAGAACAGAGAGGGCCUGACGACAAUGGCGAUAUGCCUUUCUUUGGUUUGCUCGACACCGACGAACAAGAGUACUUCUCGCGCGCUGGCGAGAUGCUCGAAGCGAAUGAAUUUGAGGACGCCGAGCAGAAGCACUUAUUCAUUGAAAGUGUAUACCGCGAGGCGAAUGGCAAGGAAUUGAAGAUUGCCUGUAGUCAGGGUUGCUCGAGACUCAUGGAAAAAUUGAUCUCGAUGUCAGACGUUCGACAGAUUCGCCGAAUCUUCAGCAAGUUCAUUGGUAAUUUCCUUCACCUUGUGCAACAUCGUUUCGCCAGUCAUUGCUGCGAGACCCUUUUCAUCAACGCUGCCCCGGCAGUUAUGCAGAAGACAUCUAAGGCACAGGCGAAGAAGACCGAGGAGGAUGGAGAGGAGGAAUCAGAGCUGUCUCUGGCGGAGAUGUUUAUGAGCGUUAUCAAGGAGUUGGAAGGAAACUGGGGUUAUCUUCUGACGGAGCGAUUUGCGUCGCACACAAUUCGAGUCCUUCUCUUGGUUCUCGCUGGAGAGCCAGUUGAUGUUGAUUCAAACGACUCGAUCGUUGCUAGCCGUGCCAAGGAGAGAUUGAAGCUCUCGACAGCGAACACACAAGUUGAAAACACGGAAGAUAAGGAGAACGCCGCUCCCAAGAAGCGAAGUGUGCCAGAAUCCUUUGAGCCUGCGCUGAAGAAGAUCAUGAAUGAUAUGGUUUCAGGUCUUGAUGAUGUUUACCUGCGCGCUUUGGCCACUCACGCCGUUGGAAACCCAGUCCUCCAGGUCAUGCUGACUCUUGAGCUCUCUCACUUCGGAAAAUCGAGCGCUAAAGAUCCCAAGUCUAUUCUACGGAGGUUGCUCCCCGAUGAGAAUGUUGAGGAGGGCACGGAAAGCGCAAAUUUCAUCCGCGGCUUGCUCUAUGACCCUGUUGGUUCUCGUCUUGUGGAGACCAUGGUGCGCCAUAUGCCGGGUAAAGUGUUCAAGAAUCUUUACAAGAAUAAUCUUCGUGAACGCAUUGGUUCUCUUGCCCGGAACCAAACAGCCGGUUAUGUUGUUUUGAAGACACUGGAGCGACUCGGAAAGGACGACCUGAAAGAUGCCAUGGAUCUCAUCAUUCCUGAAGUCCCGGGCUUGAUCGAAAGAUUCAGGCUUAUUGUUCCUCGGACAUUGGUCGAGCGAUGCGUCAUUCGUAAUGUUGACACAAAGCCGUUCGCCAAGGCACUCAAAGAUGCCUUUGACCAAGACCCCGCCGCUCGUAUUCGCCAGAUGCUCCGACUUGACGUGACCCCGGAAGAAGUUCCUCAAUACAAUGAAGACCAAGAGAUGCAAGAUGCAGGUUAUGAGGGCCACAAUGAGUACAAGAAAAAAGCCACAUCGACCCAUUCUUCAGAGAAGCUGCAUGGCUCUUUGUUUGCACAGACACUACUCUCUGUCCCGGGCCCUCUCAGCGACCUCGUCUACAGUGGCCUGCUUGCCCUAUCAUCUGAGACAAUCAUCCAACUUGCACAAGAAUCCACAUCCUCUCGUGUCUUGCAACAGGCACUGAAAUCUAAAACUUCCACCACCCAAUUCCGACGACAGUUUGUUCCUCGAUUCCAAGGUCACUUGGCCGAACUUGCUCAAAACAACAGCGGUUCUCACGUAGUCGAUUGUCUUUGGGAUGCCACUAAGGAUAUCUUCUUUGUCAAGGAGCGAAUGGCACAGGAACUUGUCGCAAAUGAGAUGCUUCUGCGUGACUCGUUUAUCGGCCGUGCAGUGUGGCGCAACUGGUCCAUGGACUUGUACAAGCGCCGCCGGGGUGAAUGGGUUGGGCGGGCUAAGGGUCUUGACCAACAGCCUUCUUGGACCGAGGGUCAGGGAGAGCGACCGAAGUCUAAAAUUGAGCUGGCGCGCGAGCGAUAUGCUGUGGCCCAGGGCAUUCAAGAUGUCAGAAAGGCUGCCACUGAUGAGCAGGCUGCCGCUGCCGCCGAAAACUGA